UCUUCGACUGUUUAAAAAUGGCUGCAAAUUUUCGAAUCCCAAACAUGUUCUUUAAAUACGUGUUUCUCAAAUACCCAAAAGGUUUCGACACAUAUCUUUUUGAUUAGCCUAACAUUCACUCAUCACUGGUAAUAAUGACAUCAUCGAGCCAUUCCGAUGAAGAUAACCGAUAUCCGCAACGACUAGCUAAGUGUCCUUCUGCUAUUUAUUCAAACAUACCUUUUAAAGCACAAGACGCUUUUUUGCUGCUAAUCAACUCUACACAUGCUGAACAUCAUAAUGAUGGAAUGGGUAAAGAGUAUUACCCAGAAGAUGCUGAACUGUUAUUAGCAGAAUCUCUCGACAAGAUUUGGUUGUGCAAUCUCACGAAGCGAUUUUAUGAAAAAAUCAGUUAUUUGAUUACUACGAGUUAAAAGAACCUUGUAUUCUUAAUAUGGUCGCUGAAGAAGAUAAUCGAUAAAUUUAAUGAAAUAACUUUAAGGAGACAGUCCUGGGACGUCUGGCUGAACAUAACCCAUCCUCUGAGGA